CUAAUGUCAACGCUUGGUCUUAGAGCUUUCGUCGCCGACGCUUUUCUCGGUCGGUAUCGAACUAUUAUCAUCGCUUCUCUUAUCUACGUUCUGGGAUUGGCUCUUCACCUCCUUCUUUACUCAAUGCGCUCUUGGACAGAGUGGACACAAGCUUUGUGUUCAGGCUUUUGGUGCUGACCAGUUUUAUGUUCAAUAUAUACGUUAAGCUAUGGUUCGGAAGCCUUGCUUGUAUGGUUGGUUAUGAGGUUAUAUAAUCCAUUAUCUUGUGACAGGUUUCUCAACAACAAAGCCUUGCUUGUACCCAAUGAUGGAGAUAUGGCAUGCAAGUCUAGAGAUGUCGAAGACGCCACAGCUCUUAUUAGGCUUAUUCCAGAAUUUUAAAAGACAGUCGGAACACAUGUCUCAUACAGAAACUAUGUAUACAAAAGAGACAAGAAAAUUCAAAUUCUGCAGUCCAAGUGUUAUAGUAUUGGAAUAUAUAUAUAUAUAUAUAUUUCAAAUGUAUUUUGUAAAUUGUUAGGCGUUACAAAAAAAGUUCUUAUUUCUAGUCUCUCUCCAAAUGGCUAAUUCUGGAGAAGAACGCGUGAUCGACGCCGUUGACCACCGUGGAUUCGACGCUAGAAGAUCCAAUACAGGUAGAAGGAGAGCUGCAUGGUUCAUAAUCGGUGUGGAGGUGGCGGAGAGGUUUGCGCACUAUGGGAUCGGAUCAAACCUAAUAAGUUACUUGACUGGACCACUCGGUCAAUCUACCGCUGUCGCCGCCGCUAAUGUCAACGCUUGGUCGGGUAUUUCCACUAUUCUUCCUGUUCUUGGAGCUUUUGUCGCUGACGCUUUUCUUGGUCGGUACCGAACAAUUAUCAUUGCUUCUCUUAUCUAUGUACUGGGACUGGCAUUUCUGACUUCAUCUGCGUUUAUGAUUCCCAACACUACUGAAGUGACCUCUUCACCUUCGUCUUUUGUCAAUGCACUCUUCUUCUUUUCUCUGUAUUUGGUGGCUAUUGGACAAAGUGGGCACAAACCUUGUGUUCAGGCUUUUGGUGCUGACCAGUUUGAUGAGAAGAACCUGCAAGAGUACAGGGAUAGAAGCUCUUUCUUCAAUUGGUGGUAUUUUAGUAUAUGUGCAGGAAUCAGCCUGGUGAUUUUAGUGGUUGUGUACAUCCAGGAAUACGUUAGCUGGGCGCUUGGAUUUGGUAUCCCGUGUGUGUUCAUGGUGAUCUCUCUUGUUCUUUUCGUGUUAGGAAGAAGACUUUAUAGGUACAGUAAAAGAAGACAAGUAGAAGAAACCAACCCUUUUACCAGGAUAGGUAGAGUCUUUUUAUUAGCAUUCAAGAACCAAAGAUUGAGUUCCUCAGAAUUAUGCAUAGCUGAGCUUGAGGCAAAUCCAUCUCAAGAUUCUCCAGAGGAGCUGAGUUUUCUCAACAAAGCAUUGCUUGUUCCCAAUGAUGGAGAAAUGUCAUGCAAGUCUAGAGAUGUAGAAGAUGCCACAGCUCUUGUCAAGCUAAUUCCAGUAUGGCUUACAACUCUAUCUUACGCCAUACCAUACGCACAGUACAUGACUUUCUUCACAAAGCAAGGUGUCACAAUGGAAAGAACAAUUUUUCCUGGUGUAAUGAUCCCACCUGCUUCUCUUCAGGCCCUGAUCAGCUUAUCAAUUAUAGUCUUUGUCCUCAUCUACGACCGUGUUUUGGUCCCAAUGGGAAAGUCAAUAACCAAAGAUCCUUGUGGCAUCACAACACUCAAAAGAAUUGGAACUGGAAUGGUAAUAGCAACUCUCACUAUGGUGGUUGCAGCUCUGGUUGAGUCAAAACGGCUCAAGACUGCAAAAGAACACGGACUUAUAGACCAACCGAACAUAACUGGUCCAAUGUCGAUCUGGUGGUUAUUCCCUCAGUAUAUAUUGCUGGGAUUAGCCGACCUGCACACUUUAGUGGGAAUGCAAGAGUUCUUUUAUAGCCAAGUUCCCACUGAGCUGAGAAGUAUCGGUAUGGCUCUCUACUUAAGUGCGUUAGGCGUGGGAAGCUUAUUGAGCAGCUUACUUAUCUCUCUGAUCGACUUAACCACUGGAGGAGACGCUGGAGACAGCUGGUUCAAUAGUAAUCUGAACAGAGCCCAUCUCGAUUACUUCUAUUACUUACUUGCCGUUGUUAGCGCCGUUGGGUUCUUUACGUUCCUAUUCAUUUCCAGGUCGUACACCUAUCGUCGUGUGGACGGAGUGUAGUUUCUAAAUAAAUGCCAUUUGUAACUAUUCCUCUGUUUGUAGCCCUAUUGAAAUGCUAGCGCCGGCUCUGUCUAAGAUAUUUCUAAAAAAGAGAUAUAUGUUUGUGGCCA